GUGUGCGUCCUUCUGGGAACAAACAGGACAGGUCCGGCCAUCUAACAAUGGCUCAGCUACUCAGGAAUGGACAGUACUGUGGGAACCAAGCACGGAGGUUCCCUGGGAAAGUAGGGGGAUAUUUGUAGGUAUCUAUUGUUCUUGCUGGAUGAUAGGGAUAAUGGGUGUGGGUGAUGCUGGUUGUUCCUUCUUUUUUUUUUUUUUUUUUAAGGAGGUCUAAUCCAACAUCCUGAGUGGACAGACUGGAGACGGCGUUCCCUCUGCUGCAGGAACAAUAGAGCUGUCUGCCUGCUGGAAGGGCACCACAUCCCCUGCUGAACAACCACACACACACAGAAUACAGGAAUACAGAGUGAUUGAGAGUUUAUUCAGCCGGCCAUUUCUACCUGAAGACAUGGAGGACCAUUUUCUGAUGAGACUGUGGUGAGACCGGUGCAGCCCUGUCACGUCCACAGCGCCCCCUUUCAGCCCGGACGGCCCACCACGCCCCGGCGCCUGUGAAAGGGUACCAUGUCAGCCGUAGCAUGUCCCAGCAUUCCUCCGGUGGUGGCGGAGGAGGCCCCUGCCACUGCGCGCCUGAGGACUGUGAUGGCCCGGGCAGAGAUUACUACCAGGGUCACAGCGAUGGCCACUAUUACCCUCCAGGAGGUCCGGCUGAAGCCCUGGCACUAGAGAGGCACCAUUCCCACUCACACUCACACUCCCAUAGCCACUCUGGAGGGGGAACCUUCCCGCGCUCACACCCCAGCCAGCACCCAUCUCUUCAGUCGUUUGACUCCUGCGAGGAGUGCCUAUCUUCUGGCCAUGGAGGAAAGAUGCACCGCAUUCCCCCGAAUCUGAUAGACCAGUUUGAGAAGCAGGUGCCCUUUCAUCCUGAUGGCUUCCACACACUCCAGUACCAGCGCACCACUAGUGGGGGUGCUGAGCAACGCAGCGAGAGCCCCUCACGUAUCCGCCACCUGGUCAACUCUGUCCAGCGUCUCUUUGCCAAGUCCCAUUCCUUGGAGGCACCAUCCAAACGGGAGUACAACGGCACGAGAGGAGGCGGAGACUACCGUGGUGAGAGAGGAGGAGGCCACAGGAGUGGAGGAGAGGAUGGUGGAGGCCACUACUCAGGCCACCAGCCUCGCUCCACCAGGAGGAGCAAGUCUCGAGAGCGUAGCAAGAGUGGAGACUCACGGCAUGAGUCAGGCAGACGCCACCGCAGUAGGACAGCAGGCUGGUGGAGCUCUGACGACAACCUGGACAGUGACAGCAGCUUUCUGGUCAGUGGGGGCAGACGGGGGUAUCCCACCGGACACGAGAGCCUGGAUGCAGCCAUCCAGGAGCUCACCAUGAAGAGGCCCAAGGAGCGUGGUGGUGGUGGUGGUGGACCAGGGCCAGGGCCUGGGGAGUGCAUGGCCUGCACCACAAUGGCUCUGGCUGGGAAUGAAGGAGGGGGACACCAUGGCCACCAUGGCCACUCCCUGAAAAGGAGCACCUGGUCAGCCAUGACAGUGAGUCAGGCCAGGGAGGUGUACCCUUCCACCAGGGGAGGAGGCUACGACAAAGCCCUUGUUCCUGUGGAGAGUAAGAUGAAGGAGAGGAGCUUCCACUACCUGCAGGUCCCGUCAGAAGACUGGGGAGGAGGAUAUGGCGGUGGCGUUACACCCGACAGCGGAGGGGAGAUUCCAUGCCGCCGCAUGCGGAGCGGCAGCUACAUCAAGGCCAUGGGUGAUGAUGAUAGUGCUGACUCAGACGCCAGCCCAAAAGCCUCGCCUAAGUCCACCCUGAUCGCCCAGAGGGAUGCCUUUAGAAGAUCUAUCAGCAUGGAUCAAAGGUACUCAUGUAAGCAGUGUACAGACUCCUACCCCAACAGCCGAACUACACCCAAAACCCACACCCGCUCUCGUAGUUACACCCGUUCUCUGACCAGCUCACAGCUGGGAGACACGCUGAACCGUCAGUUUGAGGCGGUGUGUGAGACCAUGUUCGGGGAGGUGGAGUCUCAAGCCGUAGAGGCCCUGGAUCUUCCAGGUGUGUUCCGCACUCGUAGCCACAGCUACGUCCGCGCCAUCCAGGCUGGCUGUUCCCAGGACGAUGACUGCCUCUCAGUCUUCUCCAUGUCGGGCCCCCAGGGAAGCAUCAAGAGCGGGGCCGUCUUUCCUUACCGUAAAGGUGCUCCUCCCCCACUCCCACCUCGCAUGUCCAAGUCUUCACUCUCAGUGCGGGCCCAGAGCAGCACCGAGUCCACCCAGGAUGCCUACUUCCAGAACAGCGGACAGUUGGCCUCAACCUCAGGCCCUGGGCGCCCAAAGCAGCACAGCAACUCUGUGGACCUGGGCAGCACUGAUGGCCCCUCAGGUCGCUCUUCCAGAGGAGGCUAUUACACCGCCACGGGCCCUGGACGUUCCCGACAGCACAGUAACUCGGCAGAGAGCCUAGAUGGGGUCAGGGGUUCGCGAGAGCUGGUGCCCUACGGAGGAGGUCCGGGUGUUGGGGUGAGGGCCAAACACAGCAGCUCUGCUGACAGUCUGCUGGAGGGGCCAACAAGGCCAGCCAGGGAGAGGGACAGCAGGGUCGGGGGGAGCCUGGGGAAGUCAAUCUCCCUGCCUCAAAACAGCAUAGUGCUGAAUAAAGCUGGGGGGCAGGACGAAGGACGUGGUGGAAGAAAGUGGAGGCCAUCCAUAGCUGUGCAGGUGGACAGCUCAGAGACUCUGUCGGACUCAGAUGCAGAUGCCAAAGCUCUCACUGAGGUCCAUUCCAUAGGAGUCCAAGUGGAAGAUGACAAAAGGCGGGCUCGUUUUAAGCGCUCCAACAGCGUGACAGCGAGCGUGCAGGCCGACCUAGACCCCGAGGGCUUCCCAGGGCUCAGCAUCGCCGUGCCAACACAGGACAAGAGUCUCCAGUUUGGCUGUUCCUUCCAAAGGCACUCGUCAGAGCCAGAGUCAGCUAGCCAGUACACAGAGUGCCACCGCACGGUCCACACACAGGGACAAUGGGCCUACAGAGAGGACUUUAUCCAGAGUGGCUAUACCACUGAGCCCUGCCCAGCAGAUCCAAGGCCCCAUCAGCACCCUCAUUUGCCUCCACGUUCUCACUCCCCCUUGCCCAUCACCUCUGAAAGAGCUUGGGCGGGGACACCAUCCCUGGAGGGCCCACGGAGCCUGCCUGACUCUGGCCGAGCCUCACCCUGCAUUAGAGAUGGAGAGUUCUUCUUACGCCUCCUGCAGACGGAGGUGGAAAGGAUGGAGGGAUGGUGCCAGAACAUGGAGAGAGAGGCAGAGGAGAACGAACUGCCUGAAGAGAUUCUUGAGUUGAUUCGAAAUGCAGUUGUCAGCGCCCAGAUGCUCAUGUCUCAGAAAGUCCAGCAGUUCUUCCGCCUCUGCCAACAAAGUGUGGACCCAUCAGCGUACCCCCAGCCCACCUCUCAGGACCUGGCAGGCUUCUGGGACCUGCUCCAGCUCAACAUAGAGGACGUCAGGGUCAAGUUUCAGGAUCUCCAGAGACUCAAGGAUUCUAGUUGGAGGCUUCCACCUGAAAAGAAGGAGGAUAAGAAGCUUCCUCCUCCUUUGCCAAAGAAGCCAGCAGGCGGGGUGAGUGGCAGCCUUCGGGCCGAUAGCAGUGGGGAUGGGGGUGCUGGAAGUGGAGGAGGUGGGUUGGGGGGCCUGGUGGUGCCUCGUCUGGGUGGACAUACCCUACCCAUCAGGGAGAAGUCCCUGGACCUCGGGGACCGUCAGAGGACAGAAGCAAGAAGGAGGCUGCUGCAAACCAAGCGUGCUGCCUCCUUCAGGCAGAACUCGGCCACAGAGAGUGCUGACAGCAUCGAGAUCUACAUCCCAGAAGCCCAGACUCGACUUUGAACACUGAGGUGUCUCUCACCCACCUCCUCACUUACUCUCACCCCUGUGAAGCUGACCCGUGGACCAAUCUCAGUCUUUUUCUGGGCCCAGUUUUGGAUCUUCUGUGGGUCAUUGCUAUUUACUCCCUACCCUCCCAUCAGCAUUGCCAUUACUUCACUUACCACAACUACAAAUUCACUUCUCAUGCUCUUUAAACAAGCAAUGAUAGCUUUUUUAGUUCUUCAAAAUUGGACAUUUUAUUGACACAGAGGCCUAGACCUGAAAUGGUAGCUAGCAGAUAUGAGUUAAAGACUUUUUUAAAGAAUUCUCUGGAUUUCUUUUUGGCUGAGAACAGACAAGAAACAGUCCACUUUUAUAACCGUAGUUGGCAGAGAUUCACGCAGUAGUAGCAUGCCUGUGCGUGUUCACCUAGCACUUCUCCAUCACUGAAAAUAAAGGGCUUAACAGGCACAAAACCUCUGUGUGUGGAGAUGACAGAAUCUGGAUCCCAUGUUGCCAUCUCCUGAAUGCCAUCUGCAACAGAAUCAACUAAUAUAUAUCCACACUCUUCACUGAUGCUACCAGUAUGGAUGAAUAAACAUGAAUUUAUUUCUCACCAUCAGUUUAAAUGCCCUUAAAGUCAUAUAGUUGGCAUUCCCCAAAGAACAUUCUCCAAGCAUAGUCAGUCAACUGCAGCUGGCUCACCCAGGUGCCAUCUGUCCACCCAGGCACCCAGUCAGAGACAAUAUAACAAUUUUCUGCCACUUUUCUUCAUUCCUCAUAUCCCAUGUAUCCCAUCGACUACCCUCAGCAUUCAGCAGUGAGGCUGUUUGAAUGUGCAAGUGCUAUUUGUACAUAGUGUGCACACUUACGUUUGCCAAAAGGAGUUUUUGCAGUGUAGCAUCACAGCCUUGACAGCUAGAGAGAGUAUCACAGACAAAAAAAAAAACUGAGAGUUUUUUUCUUUUUUUUUGUCAUCUCUGUGAAGUUUCAAGUGUUCAGGGGUGGGGAAUAUUUCGGGGGAAUAUAUUUUGGUGGCUUUUCAGGACUCGACUGAGAAGGCCCCCAUUUCACUGUGAGACUAUAGCACCACCAAGUGGUUAAAAGAGGACCCAAACCAACAACAGUGGUCUGUAGAGAGUUCUCUCCGCCUCAGUCAGGAAUUAACAGAUGCCCUGAUGAAACAGCCAUGAAAGAAGAUCUGUUUCUUUAUUACUUUUUUUUUCUACAUUUCUCUCCCUCAACACACAAUGUGUUUUCUUCUCUUCUCUUCUCUUCUCCUGAUAUAUUCAGAGUGGACUUUCCCAUGAUACGUUUGCAUAAUUGAGAAGAUAGAGCAGUGAAUCACAAAGUAAAAGAGGGAGAGAGAGAGAGCUCUGCCAAAGUCUUCAGCAGAAUCCGCUCCCUGACUUGAGGUACAAUCCUUUCAAUUUCACACGCCAGUGAUGAGAGAGGGAAUGAUUUCUCUGAUUGAAAGAAAACAAAAGGAGUCAUUUUCAACGUAGCUCCAUCCAAACCCCAAAGAGUCAUCAAAGAGAGGAAAACCAUCAGUUGUGAAAUGAUGUUUGGUACUGAUGCUGAGAUUAAGUAACACUUGCUAUGAAUGGAAUUAUACUGUUCUGUUUCUUUCCCUUCCUCAUUAUUUACUUCUUGAAAUCAUACUAUCUGAUGUUUCCACUGAACAAAGUGUAGCAUGAUUUUAAAGGCUUCUCAUUUAUCAGAACAGAUAUUUAAGUAUUUUGUAUGGAUGGUGCGUGUAGGUCUGUAUGCGUGUGUGUGUAGUUUGAAUAUGAAGGGCUGUGUGUCAUAAGGGACGUGUGAUGAAGCCCAGUGAAGACUAAAAAAAUCCAAAUCCGCCAUUUUAAAGACGAAAAAACACAAAAUGUAAGAAUCUUUUAGCAUGACCUGUUUUCUUUUUUUUCUCCUUUCUUUUCUAUUUGGAUGGAAAGUGUUGACAAAAUGGGAUAUUUUAAUGGGAGAUGUAUAUUUUAUAAUAUAAUCUACAUUUCUAGAUUAGUAGAGACUAUUGAGUACAGUAUAUGUACAAAAAGCAUAUAUCAAAUGUGAAAUACUACAGUAUUAUUAUGAUAGAUUAUAGCAUUGUGUGAUACUACAGCUGUGUGGCAUAUCCAGACUCAGUACAUGUGAAAAAGAAUUUCAAAUGACUAUUAUCUUCAGUUUGUGAGUGCUGGGUCAGGUUCACAGGGUAUAUAACUGGCAAGAGUGUUAAUUGCCAAGUAUGAUCCUCAUUAGGCCUACUUUAUAUCUGUCUGUGGUUCUAACGACAUAUACUGCUGUAUCCUCUCCCUGUAUUUCCUCUUUAGAACCAACUACAUGUGCCUAACCAGCUAUAUGUGGAGGUUUCCUUUGAACACAGUUUACAGUAUAUAUAGAAAGAUAUGUAAAUAGAAAAGUAUAAAAUCUCCAGAGAAUAUUGUUGAAGAAAAUGUUUUUAUUGUACUGACAUGCCAUUCUUUGUCUCCCUCACUCUCACUUGCAAUAUACACGUAAGACUGGCAGAUUUUGUUGAUGUUAAUACUGCAUGUUUUAUGUCAACCUCAUUUGAAAAGAUUUAGCAGAAUCUCAUUUUUGACUGAUGAAAAGGAAAGCGAAAUUUUGUAGCUUCUAAACCUUUUUGUGAGAAAAGAAAAAAAAAAACAUUGACAAGAUUUUACAGUGCAGUUAUUUCAAUGAGUCACUUCUUUGUACAAAGAGUAUAUCCUUGGAGGACAAUGAUACUGGCAACCUUGAAAAAGCAAUCAGCGUUUUGAUGUGAAUCUCAGCAGAUCAGUCUAACAGCCUCCAUGUGAAACAAGCUGCCCCUCAGACAUCAUGUUUAAUCCAUCUGCAGCAAGGUGGGUUGCAGAGAGGCCUUUUUAUCCCCUCGUCCUCAUCAAAUAAAGCACAAAGACCUGCUUUUAUACUAUUACUCCACUGUGAAGGCCUCUUGACUCCACCCUCACAAUCCUCGAACCUACAUGCAGAGGGAUGGCAAGGUCUUUCCAUUAUGAGUCAGCCUUGGGGGGACACCAGGAAUCAAAAGAGGCUUUGUGGGAUAUUUAUCCACCGUAGCAACUACUACUUCUUCAAUUCUCGCUGACUCUCUCCGCCAUACUUUUGAUCACAUGUUGAGGUGUUAGCCAGCCACCUUGCCUUGAAACAGGUCCAUUGCAAACACAUUUUUGGUGGUAUGAUUUCCAUGCUUUUUGUUGCAUAUUUUACCCAUCCAUCUGUCUGAUAUCCUUACAGUGUGAAUACAGGAGCCUCAGCUAAAAAUAGCACCUGGGUGUAUAGUUGUACAAACAUAAUCCAAGCACUCACCACCACAAGAGACGGACUCUAUACGAACCCUUUCACCUCUUUCUAGAAGUGCAAAAACUCCUCGUGGACAGCCAGACGGACAAGUCAACUCUGAGUACCUCAGUUUCUAGCAGCAGUGUCUCCAACCCCGACCCAGGCCUCUGUCCUCAGGGGAUUCUCUUAACACCACACAGCCGACGGACCCUGAAAAUACAGGACCGGAUCAGUCCCGCAGGAAUGUUGUCCAUAUUCUCUGAAUGAAAGGAGAACUCCUUUGAGCCCAGAUUCUCUAGUAGCCAUUUUUCUGAGACUGGAAAAACAGUACUGAAAGAAGUCGUGGUUGAGGCAAGAGCUCAAUUGUAGCCAACGUGUGUGUGCUGUAUACUGUACAUCUGCAGGGGGGAUGCUGUAGCAGCAGAUUUGAGUUUUAGUUAUGCAGACAUUUCGGAGAGGUAGAGCUGCUCUGGAGGAAAGGACAAAGUCACUAGUUAAACCUCGGCGUGAGAAACUAGUUUUUCUGUUUAAGAAACUAGAACUAUGAGCUGUGGCUGCCACUUCUUGUUUCAUUUCUGUCUGCAAUAUUUCAGUUCAAUUUCAAUGAACAAUAACCAAUCAACCAGUCAAUCCUGUGUGUUAGCAGUAGAAAGCUACUGGCAGCAGUAGGAAAUGUUGGGUUAGGAGUAACUUAAUAUAGCUCUGACAGCAUUAGGAGAGCAGUAAACAGUGAGGCUGAUAUCACUUAAUCUUUUGUGCAUAGGUAGGCAAUUUUAGUCCACGGCAGGACACUAAGAAUUACAAAAUGUAAAUACAUGAAAUAGAUUUUUCUGAAAAACCACAGAUAGCAACUUCCUUAAAACUUUUUUUUUUGCUUCUCCUCUCCGAGGUUUUACUUCCCUUCAUCUCCAGAGCAGCUCAAACCCCAAAAGAUGAUUAACUGAAACUCCAAUGUGCCUUUAGCACUGAGGUGUGAUUGCGUGUGUGUGUGUGUGUGUGUGUGUGUGCGCAUGUGUGCGUGCAUGUAUUUACACUGUUAUGUUGCUUUACAGUACACACACAGGUAACCAUGUGGGUCAGAGACAAUUGAGCAAUUACUGUGUAAUUAACAGAAAAAUAAUACCCUGCCACCCUCACGUUUACAAAAAAAAUUGUAAAUAACUGUUGCCAAUGGACAUUGCUCUUCUCAAUAUUAAAUAUAUUGUUAUUACAAUAUGAUUAUUAUUAGUAUGAUUAUUGUCAUUAAAAGGAUUCAUUAUUGCCAUCACUGUCAUGAUUAUAAAUGGUGUUGUCAACUAUAGCUAUGGGUAAACAUUGUUCUGUAUUCAAGAGCGAGUCUUGUGUACAAUAAAAUAAAAAUAAAAAUAGUUUAAUCUAUGGUGACAAGUCUUAAAUCGCUGCUAUUAAGAAGAUGGAGUAGAAGAAAAGCAAACUGACAUUAACUCUGGGAAGACAUUUUUCUCUGGGAUCAAUGAUGGACACUCCAAUGAGGAGUGAGAGAUCAUCAAAAGAGGAAAGUAAGCGUUGAACAGAUGGACUAAAUGGAAGAUCCAAAUGUAAGACUUUCUUUCUCCAUAUGCAUUUAUUCCACUCUGAACUCUUAGUUCUGCCAGAGAAGGAAAACAACAUAGACAUCAAACUGAUACAGACCCUGCUCUCUCUGUAUUCUACUCUAUAAUGUAGCAAAAGCUAAAUAGCCCCUCAUUCUCUACUCGCUCCUCCUCUUUCAUCACUUUCUUGUAUUUCUCACUGAACACCAUGAUUUUCAAUCAGACGGGUUUGAUACAGCGAGCUAUUCUGUCUUUAAGCUCAGCUUUAUUCUUGCGUUCUCUUGUUUUAUACGUUUGAUUCAGUGCCAAGACAGCAUAUUGUACAUACUAACAUUAAAUGCUUUUGUUGUUUUUUUUUCCUCCUAUGAAAACAAUUGACUGGAGCAUAUAGCAAUAGUGAUGCCAUUAAAUAUGAAGUUUGUUUCAUAAUGCCACCAGUAGGUACACAAGAUGCAUGAGAACACCACAGUGAAUGGGAGAUGCAGUCUGAAUAUGUGCUGGAUGGUGGUGGAGGGCACUGAGGCAGUGAAGUGUAAAUCAUGAUUCUGUUUGUUGUGUUGUGGUUCUCAUUUUGUACAUACAAAUUUAUUUAUUGAUCUUGUAUGUUUCAUGGAUCUGGAUGUGUCAAAGGAGCACGUCUGAUAGCGCUGAAGCCCAGAGAGAUGGCACACUGUGACGUGGUUUACCCCAACACAGAAUGUAACACUGUCAACGUUGUCAAAACAUUUUCUA